UCCUCUACACUCAAAAGCUGCAGGUUGAAUAUCUUACCCCGAUUUCCUGUCACAUGAUUGGAAAUAGGAUCCCUACUUCAUACUAUCUGUUGUGUCGGGAGAACACAUUUGCCUUGAAGUUCAGGCGCUCUUAACGGAAGCCCGUUUGGAGAGUUCAUCAGAGCGAGCCGCAUCAGCUCCGGUGGCUGUAUCCAAACUGACUCACCUGCGAGCACUCUUGGCCAGUUCAGAACAGGGACGCAGGCAGCAACACGCAACACCAUUCCUCCUCGGACAGUCGGUUGAACGCGAAGGAGAGCUAUGGAUUCUUUGACAGUCGCAACGCUACUUCUCGCCGGGUUUCUAUCAUUUUCGACUUCAAUUCAGCUUGAAACUGAGUGCUACACGGCUAACGGGGAGGACUACAGGGGCCGGCAGAACCAGACCAGCCUGCUGGGGGUGGGCAAGCCCUGCCUCUUCUGGAACGAGACCUUCCAACAUCCCUACAACACCCUAAAGUACCCCAACGGAGAGGGGGGGCUGGGCUCACACAACUUCUGCAGGAAUCCGGAUGGUGACGUGCGCCCCUGGUGCUACAUUGCAGACCAUGAGGACGGAAUCUACUGGAAAUACUGUGACAUCCCCACCUGCCAGAUGCCUGGAAACCUGGGCUGCUUCAAAGACAGUGGUGACCCCCUCACUCUAACGGGGAGCAGUGAGACCUCCAACAAGCUGACCAUCCAGACCUGCAUCAGCCUCUGCAGGAAGCAGAGAUACAGGCUGGCGGGGAUGGAGUCGGGCUACGCGUGUUUCUGUGGUAACGAGGUGGACCGGCAGCAUCACGAGGAGGCUCCCAGCACCGAGUGCAACCACGUCUGCUUUGGCGACCACACACAGCCAUGUGGCGGAGACGGCAGAGUCAUCAUCUUUGACACACGUGUCGGCGCCUGCGGAGGAAAUUACACCUCCUCCUCCUCCGUCAUCUACUCCCCGGACUUCCCUGACAAGUACUCUCCGGGCCGGGUCUGCUACUGGACCGUGCAGGUGCCCGGCGCCGCCGCGCUGCUCUUCAACUUCACCUUCUUCAACAUUGUGGAUCAGAAGGACAUGGUGGAGCUCCUGGACGGCUACACCAACCAGGUGGUGGCUCGCUUCGACGGCCGCAACCCUCCGCGAGCUCUGAUCAACGUCACCGUGGACUUUGUCAUCCUCUACUUCUACUCGGACCGCACCAACGAAGCCCAGGGCUUUGCUGUGCUCUACGAAGCCUUGAAGAGUCAGAGCCCCAAGCCUGUGGACGAGGAAGAGGAGGAGGAAGAUGAGGAGGGGCAUGAGGAAGAGGACGUCACCAGCACAGUGGAGCCCACGCCUGGCGGCGUCACCGAGAAGUCCAAUGCCAGCGGCGGCGCAGACGGCGGCUCCUCCCAGGUCCUCUACGUCAUCACGUCCAGCCCCGGGAAGCCGCAGCGUAGCAUGCCAGGUCAGUGGCUCGGACCGGGCCGGACCGCGGGCCACACCACCAUGUGGACCAUCUACGCACUGGCAGCACUUCUUACUCUGACAGUCAUCGCCAUGGUUGCGAAGCUGCUCCUUCACAUCACUGUCAAGUCUCCAUCUAUUCCCUCCAUCAGCAGUGGGGAGCAUCUCCAGUCCUGUAACCAGAGCACGGCCUCGGAGCCUUGGAUCAUCUUCUACCGGCCCUCCACCAUCUCGCUCUUCAAGAAGAAGCUCAAGAACCAUCACGGAGACCUCAGCCCUCUGGUGGGCAACUAGGAGAAGAAGAAGAGACCACAACAAAGAGACAAGAGAGAGGGAGGGAGGAGGACCAUGGACAUGGACCGACAAGUCACAGAUGGACUGAUUGUGACUCUCCAUCUUUCCUCUUCUCCUCCUCCUCCUCCUCUUCCGUCUCUCUUCACUACUCUUCCCCAAAAACCAACCCCGGGUGAGCGGUGCGCCCGGCACCUGUGCUGAUGGCGUACCGGUCACCUGUGGGUCUCAGGGACUCAUAAGGAGAAGCAAGCGUGUGGAAAGCUAAGCUAGUUGAAAGCUAAUUCGCUAGCGGACUGACUCGUGGUACAGAAAAAGGAAUGCCACAGCUACUGGCAGAGGGACCAGAACAUUUUUUGUUUGUUGAUUUCAAACAAUAGCACCACAUGGAUGGAUUUGUACAGAGUGCACUUGUGUCAGUGGCACAGGUUUUUUUCUUUUUUGGGAGAACAAAUGAAUUUGGGAGUGUUCCAUGGACCCCACGCCACCUCAGCUACUGUAGGGCAUUAGUGGUACCAGCUCGUUAGCUGAAAACGGACAGGUGCACGGCAGGUGAUCUUCUGUUGAGGGAGGGGUGCCAUGGAAGUGGCAACUGCGUCAGGCGGGUCCACGCAUCACAAUCACCCACCCACUCGUGCACACGCACGCACG